AUGCCCGCCCCAUCUCUGUUCGAUUCCAGCCAGAAGGCAUGCAUAAAGAAUAUUCGAAGUCUCACUGAUGUAGGCGACUUUGAAUACUGGAAAAUCCGUAGCGUCCUCGCACGCAUCGACUCCCCAGAACAGCUGCACCAAAUCGAACUCCGCUCCCCACAAAUAAUGGGCGAAGACGCCGAUCUUUGGCGCACCUUCAUCGCGCGGGACAUCCCAAACUGGGCUUCGAAGAGUUGGACCCCCAAGGAACCGCUCGCAUGGUACGAGCUCUAUUGCAAGUACAAGAAGUGGCAGCGCAAGCAGAUUGAACGGGAUGAAGAGAUUCUUAGAAAUACUAUGAUGGGUAUCAAGAAGGAGCAGGAGACGAAGGUUAGCAGGAUUGUGGACCAUAGGACCCUACCUAAGGUUCCUAAAGACCCGCGCAUGCUGGCUAAUUAUGGGGGUGUGCCACUGGGGAAGAGAACUAGUGGGCCUGCGAAGUUAGCUCCAACCAGUCUUAUGUUUAAUGGAGGCAGUAAGACGAAGAUGAAAGAUGGGAAGAGUGUGCUGACAAGGGCGAGGAGGGAGGCCAGGGAGAUUAGUGCGAGGGGCAAGUUGGCUAAGCCGACGAACAUGUUGGUUGGGGAUAAGAGGCAGAUUGCAAAGGCGCCGGCGGGCAUGCUUAAUGAGUACCGCAAAGCUGCUAAUCCGGGGCUGAGGAUUUUGUCAAGGAAGAAGACUCCAGCAGUCGGUCAGUAUAAUGGGGGAAUCAGUGGUCCAUCGUUAGAAGAGAGGGAAAAGAGAUUGAGGGCCGCUAUGGGGGGAGGUACCAAGGGCACUGGUUCAUCUGACGAGGAUACAUCCGAUGAGGUCGAUAAUGAGGUCGAUGAUCUCUUUGACGACGAACCCAAACAGUCGUCUCAAGCAGCACAGCCUGUUCAAUCCCAUGUAUCACGCCCAUCAUCUCAACCUCUUCCCAGCUCUUCGGUUUCACGUCCCCCGCCAAAAGAUAUGGGCCGCCCGCGUCCAGGUCUAUCUUCUUCACAGCCAACCCUUGGAGCCUAUGAUACAAGCAGACCUUCAUCUUCACCCCGGCCCCAGCCUACGAACUCUACCCCGCCUCGUGCAAAUACAUCGAGUCCCGCCCCGGGAACAAAACCAAUGAUGCCGCGAAAGCGUCCUCCAGUUGACAUAUUCAACCGUGGUGCGAAGAAGCCUCGAGUUGCUAGGUAG